GGCUGUUACGCCACAGGAAGGGUGGAGACUUACUUUUAUUCCACUAUAAUUCACCUGUGGUUUCGCCGAAGUCGUCCAGCCACGACUUCACCGCUGCCCACGAAGGAGGCUCCCAGGCUGUCAGGUUACGCUCGGUGCGGCUCGAGCGCCCUGCACACAGCUCCAGCGGCGGCAGGCUCCGGGGCCGGGCAGCGAAGGGCGGCACGGGAGGCUCGGGCAGCGCUUCGCCCCGCGCGGCGGGCCGGCCGCACGUGGCAGGGGCAUGCGGCUGUGCGACAGGAGCCCCCCGGCGGUGCGGCGCCGCGGCGCGGUGGUGCUCGGCUCCCUGCUGCUGGCCGCCGCUGUGGCGCUGCGCAGCGUCAGCCGGUCCUGCCCCGCCGACCACCCCCGCUGCCGCCGGGCUCUGGAGCUCACCCCCGACAGAAGGAUCAACUGCUCCGGGGUUGUGCACGGGGACGAGAGAGCUAUCCAGCAGGCCCGGCUCAGUAACUUGGAGACUGCCAACAAAAGGGCUUCCCUGACGCCCGACCAAUACCUGAACAUGACGAGGGACUGCAGCAGCUUCAAGGAGACCCGGCGGUUUAUCGAAUUCCCCCUGAGUCAAGAGGAGGCAGAGUUCCCAAUCGCUUACUCCAUGGUCAUCCACAACAAAAUCGAGAUGUUUGAGCGGCUUCUGCGGUCCCUCUAUGCUCCGCAAAAUAUCUACUGCAUCCACAUUGAUAGCAAGGCCCCAGCUGCCUUCCAAGAGGCUGUACGGGCAAUAGCAGCUUGCUUCCCCAAUGUCUUUGUGGCCAGCCGCCUGGAAAAGGUGGUCUAUGCCUCCUGGUCCCGGGUGCAGGCCGACCUCAACUGCAUGCAGGACUUGUUGCAGAGCCCCGUGCCCUGGCGCUACCUCCUCAACACAUGUGGCACCGACUUUCCCAUCAAGACCAACGCCGAGAUCAUUCGUGCCCUAAGCGUCCUACAAGGACAGAAUAGCAUGGAGUCAGAGAAGCCCUCUGCCCUCAAACAGGAGCGCUGGCAAUACCACCAUGAAGUGUCAGAGUUCAUCUCCCGGACAGCCACAAAGAAAGCACCGCCACCCCACAACCAUCCCAUGUUCACGGGCAGCGCGUACAUCCUGGUCACACGGGCCUUCGUGCAGCACGUUCUCCAGAACCCCACAGCACAGAAGUUCCUCGAGUGGGCCAAGGACACCUACAGCCCCGAUGAGCACGUUUGGGCCACCCUCAACCGCAUGCCCGGCGUGCCAGGCGCCAUGCCUCAGAGUGACAAGUAUCAGCUCUCAGACAUGAAUGCCCUACCUCGCCUUGUCAAGUGGCAGUACAUGGAGGGCGACAUCAGCAAGGGCGCGCCCUACCCGCCCUGCACCGGCCAGCACCAGCGCGCCGUCUGCAUCUACGGAGCGGGCGACGUGUCCUGGAUGCUCCAGCAGCACCACCUCUUGGCCAACAAGGUCGACCCCCAGGUGGACGAUGCCGCCAUCCAGUGUCUGGAGGAACACCUGCGCCACAAGGCCUUGUACGGCCAGGGUCUCUGACGGGGCGCCACGGAGACCCCCACGUUCCCCAGGCGAAUGGGCCCGGCGGGGCCGCUGAGGCGGCGAGACUCGCGCCGUGAGGCGGGACGGGCGCAGAGGAAGCUCCGCGGCGCGGGAAGGCUCCGGCGCCUGAGAGGACGCGCGCGAGGCAGCUACGGGCGGGAAGGGUGGGCCGGGGGCGCGCCUCAGCGGGGCCUGGCUGAGCGAAGGUCCGCGGCUGAGAGACUCGAGGGCUCAAGCCCCGCCGCCGCCGCCUCCACACCCAGGGGUUUCUCCUCAGAGACAGCAGGGUGCGGCGCGGUAUCCCCCUCGGCACGCCAGGAGGCUUUCGAACAGACUGCCUCAAAGAGGUGAGGGUAGUUCACCUCCCCCUUCUGUUCACAAGCAACCCCAGAAGUCUUGUGGGAAUAAGUCCACAUCCUGCUACAAGCAGAGCUGAAACUGUAAUUAAUUUGCUUUUGCACAAAGCAGGUGGCAGGCCACCUGCGCCUGGCACCUGCUGCACUGCUUACUUCAACAUCUGCUGCUGUGGCUGCUAAAGUUCACUUUCUGUCAACAGCCACAACAAAAAGGUCAAUAAAUUCAAACAGACUACACGAAAUGGCUUUCUGUGUGUGUUCCAGAGCCAUCAAACCAACUCACCCCUCA